CGGGUGUUUUUUCAGUUCGUAUGGAUUGUCGGUAUAGUUUGUCAUUUUUGUCCACCAUGUUCGUACUGUUUGUAUGUCUUAAAAACACCCAGGUUGACUUUGGGAAGGAGCCCCUCUAUAUAGGGAUGGAGCCUCCAAAGUCAACCCGGGUGUUUUUUCAGUUCGUAUGGAUUGUCGGUAUAGUUUGUCAUUUUUGUCCACCAUGUUCGUACUGUUUGUAUGUCUAAAAAACACCCGGUUUGACUUUGGGAAGGAGCCCCUCUAUAUAGGGAUGGAGCCUCCAAAGUCAACCCGGUUUUUUUUUUCUUUUUGUAUGGUUUGUAUUGUUUGUCGGUCUAGUUUGUAUUGUUUGUACAGUUCAUACGUUUGUAAUGUUUGUAAAUCUGUUUGUAUGUUUUGUCGCUCUAGUUUGUAGUGUUCGUAUGUUUGUAUGGUUUGUACUGAUUCUAAGUCCGGUUUGUAUACUUCGUAAUUUUCCAUAAUACCCAAACUACCCCUGUCAUUAAUUAAAUAGCCCUUCCCACUUUUUAACCAUCAGAUUGAUGUGUCCAGAUCUAAGGGCUGGGAGGGGCUUAGUCAAGCGACUAAGCACCCCCCUUAGUCACCGAAUCCGCUCUCAGCUAAAAAAUACUAUAAAUUAAUGGAUUUCAUUUUUAAAGGAUCUAUAUUUAUUUACUUAAUUUUGGGAUAAUUUUAUCUCAAAAAACAAUAACAAGAAAAUCUGCAUAGAUGACGCGGAUUCUCAACAGUGCCAAACCUUUCUUCAUUUAAUUUAGCGUUAGAGUCCAUUGGGGACACCUUGAUAAAUCCCAAAUCAAUUAAAUAUUUAAUUCUCAAUUAUUGGAGACAAUUUUAUCAGUUUGUCGCUAAAAUCAAUUAAAGUGGUAUUAUCGGAGAUGGAAUAAAAUGAUUGUCCCCUAUAUUUGUCCCCUAUGCUUAUAAAUUUUGUAGUGUAUCUUCGAUUAGUCCAAGCUCAAAUUAUUUAGCUCAUUUUACUUGAUCCAAACGAGUUAUUUUAGCUAAAAUAAAUUACACAAAUCAUUAAUGGCAAUGCAAGCUAUUGUUUGAUUUUGGUGAUUGUUUGGUUGGGAUAGUUACAAUGCAUCGUUUUUUUGAAUUUUUCGCACAAACAAUACAUGCAUUGUUCGCUUGAAGUGACACAAAAUAUCACUCAAAAUGAGUGAUAGUUAAAUCUCAAGUUUUGGUUGAGAUUGUUGAGAUUGUUUGAUUGAGAUUGUUGUAUUUUUGUCUUCCAUCUUUUUAUAUGUGUUGCUUUUUUAUACUAAAAACAAAGGGUACAAAUGACAUUUCACCCAUAAAGUAAUAUAAUUUAUUUAAACACUACAAUAACUAUCGCAGAAACCAAACAAUAUAAACUAUAAUACACCAUUUUUCUUAUAUAGAUGUAUAUUAUUAUGCAUGUAUUGAUAACAAUACAUCGAUUUAACUAUCACCAAAUUCCAAUACCAAACCACCCUACAUUAUGCUCUUGUAUAUACGAAACAGAAAACAGAGAGAAGAAAAAAAGAAAAUACGAGUAAAUUACAGGUAAUUUCCAGACCAGACUCAGCCAAUCAACAAUGUAUUAUAUAAACAUUAUGUAUUCUCUCCCUCUUUCUUUCUCUCCCUUUUCCCCUUCUACCCUGUUCCCUUUUCCUGGUUCUUGCGCCAUAUGCCAAAGAACUCCUGCAGCUGCCAUUAAUGGAGCUUUCAACCUCAACCUGCAGAAUAUCUGCAACUCAAUUAAGGGAUCAACAGAAGAUCUUGUAGAGGUGAAGGAAGAGAUUUACCAUAUUGAAGAGGAGCCAGUUAGGCCGCCCGCCAGAACCAAUGAGAGGAGAACCAAUCCAGAGGUGAAAGCCAGAGCAGUGACUAACCCGCCGCCCAAACCACCUGAGAAGAAGUCAAUCAACAGGCAAUGGAGUUAUUCCACUCAGGGGAGUGGAGAUAGAGUGUUUAAUGUUUGGCAGGGGGGAAAGGUAAGCAUUUACUCUGUUUUCCCAGAGGAAGCUCAACAGACCCUAUCGACAAAGAGAAUUUACUGCCAUAUCCCAGAUGGGGCAGAGAGAAAGGGUGAACUCGAGUAAAUUAUUGGACUCCAACAUAGCGUACAAGAGCCACACAGGCUUACAAGUAAGGUGCACGGUGAACAUAAAUGCUCUGACCUCACCUGGUGGCAGCCAUCUAGAAGAAAAGCUCAGAGGAGGAGGAAACUUACCAGCAGGGGAUAUAGCUCGGCGAGUAGCUGUUGCCAUAAAUGGCAUAUUCAAGG